UAAGGUGGCAAAUUGAAACAAAGUAUCGGCUGUUUGGCGCCUGGAACCAAAAAUCUACGGCUGACACCGACGUUACCGGUAACCGCGCGAUACUGAACCGACCCUGCGGUACCGCACCCUCCUCCACCGGUACACCGACCCGAAACUGCGGUACCGCACCCUCCUCCGCCGGUACACCGACCCGAAACUGCGGUACCGCACCCUCCUCCACCGGUACACCGACCCGAAACUGCGGUACCGCACCCUCCUCCGCCGGUACACCGACCCGAUACUGCGGUACCGCACCCUCCUCCACCGGUACACCGACCCGAUACUGCGGUACCGCAUCCUCCUCCUCCGGUACACCGACCCGAAACUGCGGUACCGCACCCUCCUCCACCGGUACACCGACCCGAUACUGCGGUACCGCACCCUCCUCCACCGGUACACCGACCCUGCGGUACCGCUUUACCCGUACCCCAAGCACGGAAUGCCGCACAUAAGAUCGCAGUAGAGGACUGGUGUGUGCGGACGUUUACCACAUGUGGAGAACGUCUUUCAGCCUCAUCAAUAUGGAGGACGAUCAGAAGGAAAACGCCGCCCGUCCGGUCAGUAUACGGAUCCCCCGAUCGCCAUCGAAGCAUUCACAGUCUAUGGUACUGACGGAGCUCCACUGUGCAGCCGCCAACCUGAAGACCCCCACCAAACCAUGCGAGAAUAACAGCGACCCCUGGACGCCCACCGCAAACUUAAAAAUGCUGAUUAGCGCGGCGAGUCCAGAGAUACGAAACCGGGAGCGUGAAAUCCUGGAGGAACAGUUUUCCGGGGACGAGCUUGAGAAGACGAUGCCGAGCCGUAAGGAGAAGAGUCUGGGCUUGUUGUGCCAUAAGUUCUUAAAGAGAUACCCCGACUACCCCAACCCCGCUGUGAACAACAGUAUCUGCCUAGAUGAAGUUGCCGGAGAAUUAAGUGUGGAGCGAAGACGGAUCUACGACAUUGUCAACGUGCUGGAGAGCCUGCACAUGGUCAGCCGCCUGGCCAAGAACAAGUACAUCUGGCACGGACGCAAGAACCUCCAUCAGACCUUCGCGGUGUUGAGACGAGUCGGGGAGGAGAACAAAUACGCCGAACAGAUCCAGCACCUAAAGAAGCGCGAGCAGGAGGAGAUGGAUCUACAGGACGAAGCGCUGAUCCCGAAGUCGCUGGUGAAGCAGCAGGAGAUCUGCUUUGUGGAGCUGCCCGGGUUGGAGUUUAGAGCAGCAUCUGUAAACAGCAGGAAGGAGAAGUCCCUGCGAGUGAUGAGUCAGCGGUUCGUGAUGCUUUUCCUGGUGUCGACGCCGCAGAUCGUGAGUCUGGACAUCGCUGCUAAAAUCCUAAUAGGAGAAGAUCAGCUGGAUGACCUGGACAAGAGCAAGUUCAAAACAAAAAUAAGACGUUUAUACGACAUUGCGAACGUUCUGAGCAGCCUGAACCUUAUAAAGAAGGUCCACGUGACGGAGGAGAGGGGCCGCAAACCAGCGUUCCAGUGGACCGGGCCGGAAACCUCACCAGAUAACCAAGAUUGCUCCCCGACCUCGGCGCUGCACACCUCCAUCGCUGUGGACCUCCGUUCUCCCAAAGAGAAUUGCGCCAAGAAUCUGUUUUCCAGUCGCGGCAAGCAAAGCUUCACCCGCCACCAGUCCCUGAUAAAGCUGGCGAAGAGUAUAGAGAACGACAGGAGGAAAAUCAACUCCGCGCCCAGCAGUCCGGUGAAGAGCGGAGAUCCCAGCGAUGGCUCCAUGUCUGUCCCCAGUAAGAUGGCUCAGCUGGCGGCGAUCUGCAAAGAACAGCUCGAUCAGGCCAAGGACCAAAAGAAGAUGAAACUCAAAGUCCCCCGCGGAGUCCUGAACAGUAACGCCAAGGUGCUGAUAAAGCCCCAGAGCCAACAGUCGUCUCCAUUCAGUCCGGUCCUGUUCCAGGCUCUCCCCAUAGUCCAGUCUCAUUCGCCGGCCCCGUACGCCAUCUACAUGCAGUCUCCGCACACUAAUCUCCAGGCCCAACCCGUCCUGUGCUCCGGCAGACAAGAAGGAGACAGGAUAAGUUUACAAGGUGACGGGAAGAACUCGGCAACCGAUCGACCUGCGGAGAAUGAGUUUGUGGCGGAGAAAUGCGCCAGGAAAUCCUCAGAACACGAGAGCGGCGGCUACAAGAGGCUCAAAGCUUCUCCUCAGGAUGAUCUGUCUGAGAGGAUGGUGCAUUCUGGGUACCUCAUUCCCGUACAGCUGGCGACCAUGAGCAACGAUCCCGGGAAAGAUCAAGCGACUUCCACCCCCGAUCCGAAGAUUCUCACGUCUCCUAUCACUGGGGUCUUUCCAUUGAAGGUCAUGUUCUCUCCGUGUGUCGGUCAGACGGCUCAGCCAGCGGGUUCUUCCUCCAGCCCCAGUCCUGGAAUAUUCAACUUUACCCUGCAGAACAAGGACCUGAUAUCGCCCCCCUGUGGCAGCGCCCAGCCUGUUACUAUAUCCCCUAGAAACGGGAAACCGGAUGACAUGCAGGCGGCUAAAGUGUUAAAUUAUAAGCACCUCUCCCCGAUCCCGUAUCACGGGCAGCCCUUCACGUUAUACGCUCUGCAGCAGCAGCCCAGUGUUUCUCUUACACCUAAGGGAUCCCAACCACUGAACGACAGCUUCUUCCGCACCCCCGGGGGCCUGACCUCCUCCCCGCCGGAUUCUCAGGGAUCGCUCCUCGUGUCUCAGAGGAAACUUGAUGUGGGUGGAGAGGAAUAGCGGACGAGCGUGGGUCCGUGUCCAUCACUCCCUGAGCCACCGACUGCUGGGACCCCAGAUGUGCAGUGCAUUAUGGCGGUCCCCCCCCCACCUCCCAUAGGGCCCAUACUUAUUGUCUCUAUACAUCAAAACUCUAUAUGUCAGUGCUGUGAAAUCAAGGAAAUGGAGCCAGUUUAAUAGAUGAACAUAUUCCUCCUGCUAUGUGCCCAUCAUGGUAGCGUUAUUAACCCCUUUGGGCCUGCACUAGAAGCGGGGUUCCUAUAUAGUGGGGUCAAAGGUUAUUUAUCAAUGGCGCACGACUAGUACUCCCCAACCUAUGACUUUUUAGCUGAUUCAAAACUACAACUUCCAGCAUGCCCUGACAGCUGAAGGCUCACCAGCUGUUGCAAAACUACAAAUCCCAGCAUGCCCUGACAGCCGAAGGCUGUCAGGGCAUGCUGGGAGUUGUAGUUUUGCAUCAGCUGGAAAGCCAUAGGGCAGAGAAUACUAGUCUUGCACCAUUCCUAUGGUUGUUCCUCCGCAGCGGAGAAAAAUCUCACAUCCUUUGUGCAUUAAAUGGUUUUCCGGCGCAACGCAAAAUUCGCUCGCCGUAAGCGAACGGACGCCAUAUUGUUUACAUUCAACCUGCUCUUGCUUACAGACUUGGUCAGCGCAUGGUUUGUUACAGUGUGUCAGCGCUCUCCCUCUUGCAUCUAUGUUGUUUCCCUACAGUAUGAAAUGGGGGUUUUCCACCCUGGGGCUGUCCAGCUGUGUAAAAAAACUACAACUCCCAGCAUGCCCUGACCACGUAAGAACUGCGGUUCUGGAGAGCCACAGGUUGAGGAUGGAUGCACCAGGUGGGGGGAAAAAAAAAAUUUGGGUUACUGAUCUCUGAACAAUUGUAACGAGUCCUCUGCUGUGAGAAGUAUGCAGGCGUUCUCAUUCACCAGCAGUAAGGAAUUUUGGAACUUAGUCGAAUAGAAAGUUGCAUUACGUUUUUUAAUACAAGGAUUGGAGGGGAUGUACUCAAAAAUUAAAAAAAAAAAAUUAAAAUAUAUGGCUGCUUUUCUUUAAAAAAAUAAAUUAAAAUAAAACAGCGCCACCCCUGUCCACAGGUGGUAUGUGGUAUUGCAGCUCAGUAGCAAUUACUUCAGUGAAGUUGAACUGUAAUACACAUGACCUUAAGGAUCCUGGAUAUUCCCCCUUUUUAGAUUAUUUUAGAUAAACACAGAGUACCCCUUUAAUAAGGCAGCAGCUGAGGAGCAACCGUCCGAAUGUUAUUACAUUCUAAACUACUCUAAUGCAGUGUUUUCCGACCAGGGUGCCUGCAGCUGUUGCAAAACUAAAACUACAAUAGCUUCACCCUAGGACCCUAUUGGGCCAGGCCUAGGACAACGUGAAACUGCAGGAUCUUAAGCAGCGUUUCCCAACUGUCCUGGCAUGCUGGGAGUUGUAGUUUUGCAACAGCUGGAGGCACUUUGGUUGGGAAACACUGCUGUAAUGUGAGAAUAACUAUAUAUAUAUAUGUACUUUAUAUUAGAACCCCUCUAUAAGCACCCAAUGGUUGCACAAUUAAGAAAAGAAAAAAAAAGUUACAAAAAGAGUAAUUUCGGAAUUAAUUUUUAAAAAUAUUUAUACAGUUUUUCACGUUUGUCACAUCCACGGAAACAUGAACUUUUUAUGGUUUUUAAUAUUUUUUUUUCUUUUUGUAUUGUUCCUUAAUAUAUAUUUUUAGUUUUUUUUUUUUUUUUUUUUUUUUUUAAAUAGGGCCUGUAGACCCCUCUUUUAUAUAUGCUGUAUGUAAUCUGUGACCCCCCCCCCCCUCCCCCUCGCUCUGUAUAUAUCCGCUCUGCAGGGGGCGUCUUUGCACACUAGAUGAUAUACUGUGAUGUAUGUGCUCUACAGGGUUAAUGGUCCGGGACUUGGUUUUUUUCUUUUCUUUUUUUGUUCUUAAAAAAAAUGUACAGAUUUGUAUCAAAGUUUAAAAGAUCAAAAUAUGAAUUAUUUAUAAGAUAUUGGGGAAUUAAUCUGUA